AUGUCCAACUCUCACUGCGGAACAUUUUAUAGCGAAAACCUGAUAAACGUGUGUCUCAUGUUAACGUCACAGACGAGUGGAAAUGAUCGCAUCAUGUCCAUGCUAUUCAAGGUUGCAAAUCCUCGAGAAGAAACAUUGUUUAUGAGAGAAGAGAAUGUGGCCAUGCCCAAGAUCGAAUUGCUUCCCUUACCAUUUUCACAUGCACCUUUGAACAGAUUUGAACACUUCUUUAGUGAUCACGAGGCAUUGUUAAGUGUCGUUAAAUAA